AUGCCGGAGAGAAUUGACCGUUCAAAAUCUCUCACCGUCCCGAUCCUCACGGUGAUGGUGUUUCUUGCGUUCCCGAUGAUGAUCAAAGCAUUAGAUUCUUCCACCCAUAGAAAACUCCAAGACGAUCCAAUAAAGUGCACACCUUGUCUCCAGAACCCUCCUCCUCCUCCGUCUCCUCCACCACCGUCUCUUGCUUGUCCUCCACCACCGCCGCCUCCUUCACCACCGAAGAAGUCUUACUGUCCGCCGCCUCCUUCGACUUACAUAUACAUGACGGGUCCACCCGGAGAGUUGUAUCCCGUUGACCAACAGUUUGGAGCGGCUGCUGAGAAAAGCUUUACGGUUGUGAAGAUCUCGGGACUGAUCGCCUUGGGAGUUAUGUGUUUCUUGAUGAACAUGAAUUGA